AUGGCGGUAAUUGGCCCUGCGCCGCUGUUGAGACACAAUGAGGGGCGGCUUGAGCUGCAAGAGGAGGGCCUGACAGUGCUUCGUCGUGUGGGGGCUCCUCUCCACGUGAUCUUCACCAUUGGCGGCAGUCGCUGCGGCAAAAGCACCGUCUGCAAUGCCCUGCUCUACGGGGAUGCUGCCGAGAAGAGGGGCUUCGAGACCGGCAGCUCCUUCGACCCCGUGACCAGCGGUGUGGACGUGGCAGCCAAGCGGUUGCCGGGCGGUGGCGCGCUAGUGCUUGCAGAUUGUGAAGGUGCGUUCCACAUCAUGGGCUCCUCCCUGAGUGCGCGUGGCUUCGGGGUGGUGGGCUUUUUGGCCUAUCACCUGAGCUCAGUGGUGGUCCAUGUGACUAUGGGCAGCAUCGAUGAGCGAGAUAUCGAGGCCCUGGGCCAUAUGGCCUUGGCAGCUGAGGGAGUCAGUGAGGAGUGUUUGCGCCCUGCGAACUCCAAACCUGAGCUGAUGCUGUUGGUCAAUGGUGCCCGUUUCGACUUAGGCGAAGCCGUGGCGCGGCGCCUCUUGCAACCUCCAGAAGGGGCUGGGCGAAGCUGCGCGCGCAGCGCCAUUGCGGCAGCCUUUUGUCCAAAUCCAGCGCUGGAAGCUUUGCCUUGCUGCGAGCAUCAGGCCUACUGGCCCAAGGUGCAGGAUUUGCGGCAGCGGAUCUUGGAAUCUCCGGCCAUGUCUCAGCCGAGUGGCGUCAAGGCGUCAGGCAGCCAGCUGGCCGAGCGCCUGGAGCAGCUGCUGGCGGAGCUCCAGGGCAGCUCCGCGCUGCCGCGGGCGGCCGCGGAUCCGGUGUCGGCGGCGGAGCAUGCCAUGCGCUCCAUGCACUUGGACCCACUGGUGGAGGACAUUGCAAAGAAGUUUACAGCAGCUGCCAGCACAGUGCCGGUGCAGAAUGGCAGCCCCAGGGCCACGGACAACUCCAAUGCUGUGGAGGAGGCUCUGAAGGAAUUUGACGAUCGGUCUGCUUGGCUGGUCGCUGCAGGUUCCGGCCUGAGCCCCUGCCAGCCGCUGCUGCAAGCGGUGCGGCAGCGCCUCCAAGCGCGCUUGGAAGGCGUCCUGGAGGCGGUGGCGCGGGGACGCCGGGAGAGCGCCAUGAUGCUGCGGGCAGCGAGAUUAAAUCAGACUCCCUCCAAGCUGUCGCGGUCCUUGCGAUCCGAGGAUAUGAGGACCCCGACACCGCCCCAUACCCCCAGCCGGCGGUGGACCCUCAGUGGCCUGCUGGGUGGAGUGGAAAGUACCAUGCUGCGGGUGGAGGCCUGGCACUCCAAGAGCAAGGAGGACAUUCGAGAGCUGGAGCAGGGCUUAAAGGACCUGACGAAAGUCUUCAGUCAGCUCCCAGAGGUUGGAGACAAUGCUGAGCUCGGUCAGAAACAGGAGAUAUGGCAAAAGCGGCUCCAAGACUUUCAGGGUCGACAUCGGCAACAGUUAAAAUCCUGGCACAAUGCGGGCCAGGAGAUGUUGCAGGAACUGGUGCCCGAGCAAAAGAUCGAGGUGAAGAUGCCGGAUUUCCUGUCUGCUACCGUGAUGCUGGAGGAGGCACGUGCGGAGGUGGAAUCGCUGCGGCUGCUGCGACAGAAGGCGCUGGAAAGCGCGGCUGCGCAACGGUUGGAGCAGACACUGGAGGAGCUCAAAAACCGAUGUGCCGAGGAGAUUGGAGGCCAUGCUACCUUACAGGAACGAGUGUCAAGUCGGAUGGCCUCAAGGCUGAACGCCCUUGGAGAAUUCCUGGACCAAGAAGUGCAGCAGCGUCGCGAGCGGCACCAGGCGUUGGUAGAGGUGGUGGCGCAGAUGUCCAAGUCCUUGCAGUCGACCAUUGCAGAGGAUGAGGAAGCCGAGACCUUGACACCUUCGCCACAAGCGCUGAAUGGCAAGUCCUCCCCCAGCAGUGGCGUCAGCAGCCGCUGGAGGUCUGAGAAGCGACGUUGA